GCGGUAAUAAAGUCGAGUUUGCAAUGAAUUCGGGUAGCUUGACAUGCUGUCGACUGUAUCUAUAUAUUUAUGUAUUUAUUUUUUAUUUUUUUCAGUUAGAACGCCUAAAUAAAGUAAGGUUAGCUUUAGAAUUGUUAAAAAUUUCGAUGUUUUCUAGCGAGAACUAGUGUGGUGCAUAUAGAUGCGUUAAUGACGCUCUCGAUUAUAUAAAAGUCCACGAUAUCGACAGUUCGUAUUUUUUGGCACACCAAAUCUGCUACUACUUCAUUUCAUUAAAGGCAUCUGACGUGACUUUCAGACUACCUACCGCCAUCUAGUGGCAGGUAGUCGCAUACACACUAGCGAACUAAACUGUCAACCAGUGUGCAAGUUCCCAUCACGAUGUUUUCCUUCACCGGAAGCAAGUGGUAGCAUUUUUUUUUCAAUCAAAAUGCAUUAAGAGAAUAUUUUUAUUGCAUCAAAUUUUACUUUGUAAAUAAACUUAUAUUUUCAGCAUAAUAGGUAUCUUCUAGCUGUGGACAUUCCGAUUAACCGACGUUUAUUUAUAGCAGAUCAUAGUUUUUGUACUAAGAACUCUUGUUAGAUCAUAUUUAAGUUUAGAUUAAAGUGUAAUUUUAUUUAUUUUUUUCAUUAACCCUCAGUUUCCAUUUUAAUAGCUUUACAGAAAACUGUUGAAUAUUUUAUCUUUGUACAAUAAAAUAUUUAAUGCGUAGUUAGUUGAAUUGGUUCGAUUUUUUGAUGCCGGCUCCACACUGUCGCCAAAAGUUUCUGCGAACUUUGACGAAUUCGGUAUACAUUGCUGAUCUUCAUUGCUGUAAAUAAAAGCACUCAUACGUGUCGCGCAUUCUUAUCGGCAUCUGUCAGAGUUCGGCGACAGUGUGGAGCCUACAUUAUUAGUCUUAUUCGCAAAACGUGUCCAAUUCCCAAAAUGCCUAAAACAUAAAAAUAUUUUCCAAAUGUCGCAUGGGACACAACAAUUCGUACGAUCAUAUGCCUAAAUGAGUUUUUCCUAAAAAAAAAUAUCUAAAUUUUAAGUAAUUUCUGAUAUUUUGAUAAAGGAACACCGAAAGGCGACCGAAAUUUUUAAACAAAUACUUUUUAUAUCAAGUGGUCGUUAUGCGAAUAAUUUUCCGAUUUCAUACAAUUCAAAUUGCACACAAAAAUUUUAAUUGAAAAAAUAAAAAAUACAUGUUUUUAGCAUAAAUAUAAUCUGGUAAUUUCCGCAUGGUGCUUAUGUAGCCUAUUAUAUAAAUACAUAUCAUUGUAAUGUAUGUAUCAACACAAUACAUAUAUAUUUGCACUUUGUUUAAGCUAUUAUAUGACUGUAAUCUAGUUACGCCCGAUUUUCGCUUCUGUAUAUGGAAAUCAUAGCGCAGGACAACUUCUAAACAAAUGAUCCGUACAAAAAUGUUUCAAAUAUCCAAUACUGUCUGGGGCUUCGCUCCCGUGAGAAUUUAUAAAAAAAAUAUAGCCUAUAGCAAUCUUGGAUAAUGCAUCUUUCUAAUGGUGAAAGAAUUUUUGAAAUCGGUUCGGUAGUUUCGGAGAUUACCCGCCUCGAACAUACAAAAAAUCUGCAACGGGUUUUGGGCAAGUUCAAAAAAUGUGCAUUAUCUUGAGAAAAAAAAGUGAUUCUGAUUCUGAGUGAAUGAAUCUUGAUGAUUCUAUAUUUGUGAGUUUUUUCAUAGAGGCAUGAAAUCAAGCAAAAGGUGUAUUUGUAUGGUAAGAAAGUUUUUUUUUUAAACUUUACAUUGCAUUGUGUAACCGAAGUCCUGUGUUAAGUGAUUGAAAUCGUUAACCAAUUCAUAUUCUUCAUCACAAACAGCUUAUGUUAGGUAACAGUAUUAUAACGAAUGUUACAGUGCCUUGAACAUUUAAAUAAAUUUUAUAAGCUAUAUUAUUAUGCAUUUUUAUUUAGUGAGUUGAUAUCUCUUAAUUAUUUUGCGGGUAGACGCAGAAAACACUAAUGGAAACCACUUAAUACGACGAAGUUAUAAUAUCGUUCUAUCAGAAUGUUUUCUGUUAUGGUAGGUUAAGUUUGGGCAAUAAGUCCAAGCAAACGAAGUCGCGGGCAUCAGCUAGUACAAAAUAAAUAUUUGUUACUACCUUUCUAUACUACAAUAUUCUCAUUUACUACACACAUCUGAUAUAACAAUACACAAAAAUAAUAUAUAUAUAUUACUAUUACUUACUGUAGUGGUAAUGAAAAUAAUUAGGUACCUAUAUUGAAUUUCCAAAAUAUAAAUCGCAAUUUUACAAGUUAUCGACCAUCGGCGGCAAUCGUAUCUGUCAAUAUUUAAACCUAGAACACAUUUUUUGGUUAUUAGUGGCCAGUGUGUACAGAACAUAAAACUUGGAAAAAACAUAAAAUUAAAUAUUUAUUUAUCUACUUACCGUGCAAACUUUCUCGCUAUCACUGUAAUCCAUGGAAUCAGUAGGUAAGUACUCCGACGAACUUAUUAAAUCUCUGCUGUAAUCUUCUUUUCUCCUUCUAUUCUGUGGUAUCUGAGUUUUCUACUGUGUUGUACUGUGUGAAGUAUAUCUUCUCUGUGUCUGUGCAAAUAAACUUUCUUCAUGUUACACCUAUCUCGACUUAGUUAUCCAACUAGGACAUUACCUUCACAACAAUUUUACUUCAUAUAUUUGUAUUUUAAUAAAUAGAUAAAUCAACUUAAUAGAUCGUUCAAAUCUAGCAUCCCGACCCGGCUUUGGUCGUAUAAAACCAUAGUAAUAAAUUGUACACACUAACCUUCGCAAGGAAGCACGCUAUUGGUGAAAACCGAACAAAAAUCCGUCCGGUAGUUUUUGAAUUUAAUGCGUUCAUACGGACAGGCGCGACAGGAAUACAAUUUUAGAUGACAGGAGUACUAAUAUGUAAGGAUAUUAUACGAGUAUAUAUAUUAGCUUGUUGUGCCCGACAGGGUCCACAAUAUUUUUACUAGCUGCGCCCAGGGGCUUCGCUCCCAUGAGAAUUUCGGGACGAAAAGUACCUAAUAUGUUAUUCCAGGUUAUUUUCUACCACCGAAUUUCAUAACAACCAGUCCUAUGUCCAGUAGAUAAUGCGUGAAGAGGUAACAAACUUACCUUCGCAUUUAUAAUAUUAGUUGGGAUAUAACACCAUUAUAUCAUCUCUUUGUGGAUGCAAUAAUGUAUUGAGUAUUGAAUGAGUAUAUCUAAUGGACAUCGCUAUUGGUUGGAAAAUUCAUCCACCUAGUUAACGACUGCACAUCAAAAAGAUCAGUAUAACCACAGCCCAUGUAGCCAAAUGAUUUCCACAACUUACCUACCUACUGGAACAUGGCGCCAAUAAAAUUACCGAAGAAGGCCCUGAAAGCCAUGGAGAAACCAACGGAGAAGCCGAUAUCGAAGAAAAUAAAGAAGAAAAAGAAGAACUACCAAAGUUUCGACAUUUACAUCUACAAGCUACUGAAGAGCAUCACUCCGGACCACAUCAGGAUAUCGAGGAAGUGUAUGUUGAUCAUGAACAACGCUGUGAACGAUUUUCUGGAGCGGUUCGCGGAGGAGGCGGGCAGACUGGUGGCCCACAGCAAGAAGACCACGCUGGGCAGUCGCGAGAUACAGUCGGCCGUCAAGCUGGUGCUGCCCGGGGAGCUAGCCAAGCACGCCAACAUGGAAGGGAUGAAAGCUAUCACGUUAUAUCACAAUAGUUUCGCUAAAACGCCAAAUAAAACGUGAUUGUAUUAAGUUAUCAGUAAGUAGGUAGGUAGGACGUGGCCCUUUUCAGGGCUGAA